GCCCUUUCCCUUUUCAUUAGACCGUUGCAGUGCGAAGCAACAGCCGAGUACAUAGAAGAAGUAAACUCAAAGCAGGAGUAACAAGAAAGAAGACUUCAUCGCUCCAACGUAUCUCCCAACACCGAGAAAACUUGGAAGAACGGAACUGAAAUUCGAAUUCUCGAAACCAUGGCAGAGAUUGCUGCUUCUCUGCACCCAAUUCAUGAGCUGAAUCCCACUCUUGAAUCACUCUUUGCCGCCCUCGACCCCAAAUCCUUUAUUCUCUCAAACAGGUCCAGCUCUGUCCAUGUCCAACACAAGCCCCCGUUACACUUCCCCCCAGCUAAUCUUACUCUGCAACGAGGGUUCAGGUACAAAGCUUACGCGGAGUUGAGAGAAUCAAGGCUGAGGAUGAAGCACUGUAACCAACAGCCCGAUGUACCUGCAUCAACAACUACGGCGACGCCGCCCAAGAAAAAGGUCACGUUUCAGGGAAUGGCGCCGGUCACCGCACGCAACGGCACGUCGGUCGUUGCCCGAUCGGUGCCGGACUUCUCUGCUGUACUAAGGAAAGAGAAUAGGAAGCCGAUGUCGAUGUUGGAGAUGACGCCACCACCUUCCAAGGCUACGAAAGGCGGGGUCUUGCCGAAAUUAGGGAGCAGGUCGGCUAAUGCAGGGGAGAAGAGAGGUGGAGGUUUAACGGUGAGGAAGAGCUGUGCCACCGUUGAGGAGCUGAAGGGGUUCUCUUUGGCCGCUGCAUCUGCUAUUAAUGGGGAAAACAGAGGGAGGACUAGUAGGGGGAUGACCAAGACUGUUCUGGGUUACAGGCAAUAUUAACUCACUGUGAUCAUCUGAUCAAAAUUAUCCAGCGUCUCUAUAAAUUGGAUUGGAUUUUCCAUAUUCCUUUUUGUUUUUGUUUUUUCUUUCUCUUUAUGGAAUUCUAGAUUGACAAUAUUUCUUCUCUUUCUCUAUGUAUAAAGAAAGAUCUGGAGAUGUAUUGAGAUUUAAUUCAAGAAAGAUUUUUUUUCCUUUUGCCAGAAUUU